CCACUGGGGAAACCUUAACCCGGCUUGAAUCAGAAUCAGAGGUGGGGAGAAGUAGCCAGUCAAUAGACUUCAAUCCCCAAACUCAGAGGUUCUGCCUUAGGUCUUGAAGGAGGCCGGGUACAUACCCUCUCUGUGAUUGUGAUGCACAUUCUGUUUAGAACACUUCCCAGCAAGGAGAGUAUCUGUCUUUAUUUGUUUGUGUUUUUGGUAUCAGAGCAACAUGAUCCCAUUGACACGUAGGACUUUUCCCUCUGUGGUGUGCCUGGAACAGGGCGAGGCUGAAGGUGGGGAGGCCAUGUAAGGGGCAAGCCCAACAGCACAUUUACUAAAGAAACAUGAAGUUGAGGAAUAGGGAACUGGCAGUGAGAACAGUAACAGAGGACUUGGACAAUUUACAGAUGCAGCUGUGCCCACUGCUGACUCUGACCUGUUGCCCAAGAUCGCGACCCCAGAAGUGAUCCCAACGCUGGCCGGCCUAGGGCCAGACCCUCUCCUCUGGGACCUGCCAGGAACCAUCCAGGCCCCGGGGACACGGGGAUCUUCCUGCUUGGACGCAGUGGGAGGUCAGUGACACUGUCACAGAGAGAGGGUUCAUGCUCUCCUGGAAGAGAAUGUCCUCGUGACCCUGGGGAUGAGACCGGGGGAUUCUGGAAACCACAUGUGGGGGGGAGGCUAGACAGUGCUGGCCCGCAGGCCCCAACCCCUACAUAAGGACCCGAGCCCGCUGCCUGGCCUCGCUCACUCCCGGGAGCUCAGUGCAACCACAGCCGCAGCCAUGAGGAGCCUCCUGCUUGCCCUGGCCCUCGUGUGUGGCAUCCAGGCCACCGUAGUCCCCCGGACCGUGGAGGACCUGGAUAUAAGACAGGUGGCUGGGACGUGGCACUCCAUGACCAUGGCGGCCAGUGACAUCUCCCUGCUGGAUACUGAGACCGCCCCUCUGAGAGUGUACAUCCAGGAGCUGAGGCCCACCCCCCAGGACAACCUGGAGAUUGUUCUGCACGAACAGGAAAACCAUGCAUGUGUCAAGAGGACCAUCAUGGCCCAGAAGACUGAGGACCCAGCCGUGUUUACGGUCGACUACCAAGGGGAAAGGAAGAUUUCCAUGCUGGACACAGACUACACUCACUACAUGUUCUUUUGCGUGGAGGCCCCACUGCCCACCACCCAGAGCGGCGUGAUGUGCCAGUACCUGGCCAGGACCCUGGAGGUUGACAACGAGGUCAUGGAGAAAUUCGACAGAGCCCUCAAGACUCUGCCCGUGCACAUGCGGAUUGUGCUGGACCUGAGCCAGGGGAAGGAGCAGUGCCGUGUCUAGUGAGCUCCCGCCUGACCCAUCUCCUGGGGCCCAGAGGCGACAUCACCCCUUCUGUUCUCCGUCAGAGGAAUCAGGGGGGAUGGAGCCCCAGGUCCUGCCAGUCCUGCCCUCUCAGUCCCCAGGCUCCUCGGAGCUCCAGCCUGGGGUCCCCUGCCCUGAGCCUCUCCUCCUCCAGCAAUAAAGAG